AUGUCAGAGAGCAGGAGGCUGGCCAAGGCGGCCUCCACAGGUGCAGACGUGGGGAGCCGCCGGCAGAACAAGAUGAAGCAGGUGUACCGUUUGCUGCGGCAGGGGGACAUUGGGGAGUCUCUGGCCAGCAAGACGGUCUAUGUGCUGUGGCCAGAUGAUGGCACGUGGUACAAGGGCCGGGUCACGAGUUGCGAUAUCGAGAACGCGAAAGCGACCAUUUAUUACGACGAAACAGAGGAGACGGAAGAGUGUGACCUGAAGGAGCUGAUAAGGGACGGCCAGAUUGCGUUCAAGGAGCCGCGCCCCGUGGGUCACAAGUGCAAGAGCGGCGAGAUUGGGCUGGACCAGCGCUACUACGGGCGCAAGCCUGGUGACGCAGCGCUGGAGGACAGCGACAGCGGCAGCAAGGGCGGCGAGGGCGAGGGCAGUGAGGAGGAGGCGGAUGCCGGCGCCGUGCAGGACAGCGACUCUGAUGUGUCCUUCUCCUCCGGGGAGCUGGCAGGGCGCAAGCGCAAGCGCGGCGCCGAGGACUCCGAUGACGAGGUGCACCUGGAGGACUUUGAGAAGCGGGAGAUCAUGCGGGACAUGAGCGACGACGAAAAGCCGCUGGGGUUCCGUGCCGAUGAGCUGGAGCGCAAACAGAAGAGGCAGCAGGCGCAGCAGAAGCGCCAGCAAGCGCCAGGGUCAGGCAGCGCCAAGAGCGCGGCUCCAGCAUUGGCAGGUGGCGCGGCAGCGGCACCCAAGAAGGCGGCCGCGGAACAGCCCGUUCCUCGGCGGCGGCGAGAGGCGGCGGCGGGUGUGGCGGCUGCCGUGCAGGCCGUGGCGGCUGUGCAGGCCGCAGCGGCGGCGGACGCAUCAUCAGACGAGGAGCCCGCCUCAGCGCGCAAGCACCGCCAACGGCAGCAGGCGGUGGCAGGCGCAAUGGACGAGGAUGAUGAGGAGGCGGAGGCAGAGGCGUUUGCGCGCAAUUUGCUGGCCCGCGUGACGGGGAAUGCGGCGGGGCACAGGGAGGCGGGGUCGACAGCGUUCUAUGGGCGGCAGGGUUCUGGGGGGCGCGAGCUGGGCCGACGCAUGUCGACAGGGCAGAACGAGGAGGAGCUCCGGCAAAAGGUGCGUGGCGGCAUCCAGCAAGCGCUGGAGUUGGUGGCCACGGAGGCGGCGGGCGAGGCCGGCAGGCUACCAGAGCCCGCGCCAACGGCAGAGGCUGUGGAGGCCGCCCUGUUCAAGCUGUAUGGUGGCACCACCAAGGACUACAAGCAGAAGUUUCGCACCCUGCAAUUCAAUCUCAAGGAUGCCCACAACCCGGACCUGCGGGCCCACGUGUUGCGCGGAGACAUUGCCCCCGAUGCUUUUGUGCGCAUGACCGCCACUGAGCUGGCAAACAAGGAGCUGGCGGCAUACCGCAAGGCCAAGGAGGAGGAGGCACUGAAGAUGUCGGUGCUGGAUGCUGAGGCAGCAGCCAAGUUCUCCACUGCUGCUGCGCUGGAUGCACGGGACAAGCUGGCCAUCCCUGCCUCAAUGAUGGCAGACAACGGCAUGUUGGCCGCACGGGAGCCCACGCCCGAGCCGGCGGCCCACAGCAAGCGCAGCCCCUCUCCAGGAGCGGGUGCCGCUUCUGCGGCCGCGGCUGACAGCGCGCCAGCGGCGUCGCCGCGAGGGGCCCAGCAGUCGACACUGCUGGGGGCUGGGGCGUCUGGGCCGCUGGGCAAGGUGGAUGGCGGGGAGGGCAGCGAGUACCGUGUGUCGGAUUCGAUGGAUGCUGAGCUGGCGCCAGCUGGCGGUGAUGAAGAGUAUGACCCAGAAACCGCUUUCGCGGAAGAUGAUGCCAAGCCCGCAGCAGCAGCGGCACCGGCGCUGGACUGGGCCGCCAUUAAGGCUGCGGCGGCAUCAGCGACGGCGGAGGAGCGGCAGAGCGGCAUGCAGCUGCUUGGGUCGCUUGACUCGCUGCACGCUGGCUCCAAGCAGGAGGGGGCAGAGGGCAAGCACGAACACAAGCUCAAGCACCACCACCACCGGCGGGAGCAUGCCUCGCCCCUAGAGCUGCCGUCGCCGCGAGAGUUGGGCGAUCAGCCGCUGCCUAGCCCUGUGGAUCCCGGGUCGCCCCACUCCCUGCGCUACCUGCUGCUGCCCGCCGUGGACCCGUCCUGCCUGUUUGGCAAGGGCGUGUGGGAGGGGCAGUUCUUUGUGCCAGGCGUGGGUGCCUUCCUGCUGACUGCCGACGCGUUGGCCGGGUCUGGUGACGUGGCGGCACUGCUGGGGGACCGGGAGAUCGAGGUGAAGGGUCGACUGGCGCUGCAGAAGCUGGACAACUUCCUGACUGACCUGCGCCAUUCACGCAGCAGGACCGUGACGCUGGGGCUCCUGUCCCCUGCUGACGACUGCCAGCCUGAGGAGCGAUCGGCCUUGCAGGAGCUGAUCGGCCAGUACAGCGCUCGCGGCCGCACCGGGGUUGCCACCCCGUCUCGGGAUGUGGAGGCGUACCUGCUCCCCGCGUGUGGCAUCGCCGAUCGCCUGUUGACUGCCACACAUAGUGCAGGAGGCUCGCAGGUGGAGGCACUGCUCCCCGGCGGCAGUAACCAGAUCGGGCCACACCAGCUGCUGCUGGUGAUCAUCCACCGACGGGACUGGCGACCUCCCUAUGACUUUGUACGCCCUGUCAAGCGGCCGCGUGUGCACCCGCCGCCUGGAGCGGCAGCGGCUGAGCCAGCACCAGGAGCCGGCGAGGCAGCACCUGGAGUCUCAGCACCGGUGCUGCCGCCACCGCCAGUGCUGCCUGGCAUGCAGCCACAGCAGCAGCAGCAGCAGCAGGAUGGUGCAGCGGCAGCGCCAGCACCACCUGUUGCACUGCCUGAAGGGCUCGAUUUUGGAGCAAUCAGUGCUCUGGCCGCUGCCCUGGGUGUGGGCCCAGCUGCACCUGAGCAGCAGCAGCCAUUGUCGGGCCCAAUGGAUCGGGCGCCACCGCAGGCCGCGCCGUCACUCCAGAUGGAUCAGCUGCAGCAGCUGCUGGCAAGCCUGCCGCCCGCUGCUGUGGUUCCGGGAGCUGCCGCGGGCGUGCCUGACGCGGGCGCACAGCAUGCAGAGGGCAGGCAGCGGCGGUCGCGGUGGGAGGGCUCAGAAGAACAGCAACAGCAGGGCCAGGGUUUGCCACAACGUCUGCCACAGCAGGAGCAGGAUGCACAGCUGCAGCAGGCGAAAAAGCGGCGGUCUCGCUGGGAGGGCUCUGAGGAGGAGGGCGGCAAGGAGCCGCCGGAGCAGCUGGCAUCCUCUGUUGCCCCGCCUCCUGCUUCCACAGCGCCAGCCCCCGGGCCCAUGGGUCCCAUGCAGCGGGCAGGAGCCCUGCAGCAGCCGGGCAUGAGCCAGCCUCCGCCCCCACAGCAGCAGCAACAGCAGUAUGUGCUGCCCCACGGCAUGCAGCCCUACCAGCCGCAGCUGAAUGCCCCGGAAGGGCAACAGCAGCAGUAUGGCAUGCCACCUCAGCCGCAGUUCGACAUGCGGGGACCACAAUUCCAGCAGCAGCAAGCAGGCAUGAUGCCACCGCGCCACACCGGCGGCUUCUCCGCCAGCAGCGGCCCUCCCCAGCAGUCGCUGCCCAUGGCAUCUCAAUACCCUGCGGCAGGCGGACCGCAGCAGCCUCCUCAGGAAGGCUUCCCUCCGCCAGCUGGCCCACCCAUGUAUCACCCACAGCAGCAGUUUGGCGGCGGUCCGCCUCAGCAACAGUAUGGCGAGGGCGGCUUUGGGGGCCGGGGCGGGAGGAUGGGCGGCCGCUUUGGCGGCGGCGGCAAAGGACGCUGGGGUGGCCGAGACGGUGGCAGAGGGAGGGGAGGACGUGGCGGGCGGCCACGCUAUGAGUGA